GUAAGUCGCUGUGGUUUCAACGGCUCGCGCGUACUCGGAGCGCUUGUCGUGUUGAUACAGCCGAUACACUGUUUCCAUAUUUGUCUCGUGAUUGACAAGGGACCCGACUGGACUUAUUACUUCGCUUCGGUCAGGGUUUAAACGGGCCGCAAUACCGCCAUGCGCCGUUUAAACCCAUACAUCCCGUGUUUCAACGGUGCUAUGCUCCGAAUAGUAUUUUUAGGCUGGGCGCGAUGUCCCAGGCUUCAGAUCGUUCUGAAUACUAGUUGUCACUUUAGAGGAGCGCUCGGCCGCAGAGGCCUUGACGCGUAACAGUACACACACACACAAGCCUGUAAGGCCUGCUGACCUGCUGCUCGGCGAAGGAUCUUUGCUGUAAGGCUGAGCAAGCCUUAAACAUUGCCGAGAUCAGCAAUGGCGCCCAGGAAUGGUGCGACUGUUGGAGCGGCGGUGGCCCUUGCGUUUGUCCUCUUCAUCAGCGGAACCGCCGCUCGCAAAACAGCACUGGCCGCUGUCGACAACCCGUUCGCUACUCGUCGGCUUCAACAGUCUUGCCCAGGCGGGCAGUCGACUUUCUGCCAGAACAUGUUUGCCAGCUGCAUCAGCAUCACCUGCUCCGGCUACCAAAUCACCGUCGCAACUACGAGUGCCUCGGGAUGUAAGAGCGCUUACUCGUGGUUUGGCUGCGUGAAGAAUGGAGGUGGAAACUCGUGCGGCAGUCAACCUUCCAAGGGCGACAACGCUGCCAGCUACACCUGGACACUCAGCCCCAUCACCCAGACCACCGUCGGCAUCCAGAUUCACGAUGGAAGCUUCAACGGCCAAGGGUACCUAAUGAAUGCCUUCUUCACCCGCUGCUGCACACAGCCGCCGUCGCCUGCACCUCCCUCUCCCAACCCUCCCUCUCCCGCGCCCCCGUCGCCUGCCCCUCCCUCUCCUAACCCUCCCUCUCCCGAGCCCCCGUCGCCUGCUCCUCCCUCUCCCGCCCCUCCCUCUCCUGAGCCCCCGUCUCCUGCUCCUCCCUCUCCCGAGCCUCCCUCUCCUGCUCCUCCCUCUCCCGAGCCACCGUCGCCUGAGCCCCCGUCGCCUGCUCCUCCCUCUCCUGAGCCGCCGUCGCCUGAGCCCCCGUCGCCUGCUCCUCCCUCUCCUGAGCCGCCGUCGCCUGAGCCGCCGUCGCCUGCUCCUCCCUCUCCCGAGCCACCGUCGCCUGAGCCCCCGUCGCCUGCUCCUCCCUCUCCUGAGCCGCCGUCGCCUGAGCCCCCGUCUCCUGCUCCUCCCUCUCCCGAGCCACCGUCGCCUGAGCCCCCGUCGCCUUCUCCUCCCUCUCCCGAGCCGCCGUCGCCUGAGCCGCCGUCGCCGGCCCCUCCCUCUCCCGAGCCUCCAUCGCCCGAGCCGCCGUCGCCUGCUCCCCCCUCUCCUGAGCCGCCGUCGCCUGAGCCCCCGUCUCCUGCUCCUCCCUCUCCCGAGCCGCCGUCGCCUGAGCCCCCGUCGCCUGCUCCUCCCUCUCCCGAGCCGCCGUCGCCUGAGCCCCCGUCUCCUGCUCCUCCCUCUCCCGAGCCGCCGUCGCCUGAGCCGCCGUCGCCUGCUCCUCCCUCUCCCGAGCCGCCGUCGCCUGAGCCCCCGUCGCCUGCUCCUCCCUCUCCUGAGCCCCCGUCACCUGAGCCCCCGUCUCCUGCUCCUCCCUCUCCCGAGCCUCCCUCUCCUGCUCCUCCCUCUCCCGAGCCGCCGUCGCCUGAGCCCCCGUCGCCUGCUCCUCCCUCUCCCGAGCCGCCGUCUCCCGAACCCCCGUCGCCUGCUCCUCCCUCUCCCAACCCUCCCUCUCCCGAGCCUCCGUCGCCUGCUCCUCCCUCUCCCGAGCCGCCGUCGCCAGAGCCCCCAUCGCCUGCCCCUCCCUCUCCCAACCCUCCCUCUCCCGAGCCCCCGUCGCCUGCUCCUCCCUCUCCCGCCCCUCCCUCCCCCGAGCCCCCGUCGCCCGCCCCUCCCUCUCCUAACCCUCCCUCUCCCGCGCCCCCGUCGCCUGCCCCUCCCUCUCCCAACCCUCCCUCUCCCGAGCCCCCAUCGCCUGCUCCUCCUUCUCCCAACCCUCCCUCUCCCAACCCUCCGUCGCCUGCCCCUCCCUCGCCUGCUCCUCCCUCUCCCAAGCCCCCCUCUCCCCUACCUCCGUCCCCCGCUCCUCCUUCGCCCAGGCCUCCUCUCCCCAACAUCGCUGCUUGCCCCGCACCGAGCUGCCCCUCGACCAGUCAGAUGACAGCCGUCGGCAUCCCCGCAAAUCCCUGCACGCCCUGCACUGCGCAGACUGAGUGCCUAAAGGAGUCCACAGAUGGUCAGUUCACCAUCCCCGGUUCCGCCAACAACGUCCUAACGGUCUACAACUGCAAUGCCAAGCCGCAAGUCGCGGGCGCCGUUCCCCUGGUCUUCUCCACCACCAGCGGCAGCUCCUUUCCCACGCUUAACGCCUACCUAGCAUCUUCGGUCGUCGGACAGGCUGCCGCUGUGGCCUGCUAUGCGCCCGGUGACCUCUCCUGGACCGGCCCCAUCGUCAACUACCUCUACCUCGCCCAUGUCGCCACACCCAGUGACAACUAUGCCUGCCUAACCUGCGACUUCUACAACCUCGCCAAGGUCACGCCCAGCGCCUGCGUCUGCAGCACCGACACUGCCUGGGCUGUCCCACUCAAGCCAGUCAUGGAGGGGCUGGUGGUCGGCACCGGCGAGCAACAGCUGGGGGCGCCCUACCCGGCCGGCGUGUACUGGACCGCGCGCUCCGAUGCUACAAAGGCCAACGCGUGGGGCGGCUACUUCCGCAUCACACCCAUUCCCCACACGUCGUAUGUUUACGAGUUCGACGUGUGCGCCGGCUGCGGCCAGAACCGUGUCGGUGCCGGUUUCAUCAUGGCGCGCCUGAAGUUCCAAAUCACGAGCGCCAACGGCCAAACUUCCGUGACCACCUUCCUGGCGCCCUCCCUCACCUACCCGACCUACACGCCCUCACCCACAGCCUCCACCACCUCAUCCGUUCUGCACAUGUACCAGUCCUUCAUCGCACCGCCCACGCUCACACCAGGCCAGAUGACAAACUCCGCGAAAACAACCUUCUCACUGCCAAUCACGUACGGCAGCUCGUGGACCGUCACACAAGUCAACACUGGUACUGUCAAGUUCGGCAGUACCUCCGUCAACGUCCCCGCCACCGAGACCGCCAACGGUCUCUACGUCGCCAUCCACCUCACAGUGGGAGGGCAAUUCUGCUAUUAAGUUGGUUGAGUGGACUCGAUUGAAUCGUGUACGUAGUAAGCAUUGCAUGUCAGAAGCCGUACCUACACAUGCUAAGAACGGCAAUCAGGUUAGGCAGUGAGAACGGGCGACAACUUUAUGGUGAUAAUGUUCCUUCAGGUUUCAGCAGUGUUUGCCUGGCCUGGAAUUGUAAUUGCCGGACGGCAACUGCCCCCAGCACGGCUUUGUAAAUAGCGCGCUAGUUGAUAAUAGUAUGGCUUGUUGCACAUGGUAGGCAGCGGCUGUGCGCGCAAGAGCAGUGGCGGUUGUUGUACAUUGUUCCCAUUUGUGCUCAAGUGUGUGAUGCAGCAGGCAUAUGCCGUUUUGUUUCAUCAUGACCAGCCCCAGGGCAACCUGCAUCCACAAACGUUCCGCAAUGCAUCUUUUUUGAAAUCGAAAAUCAAAUAAACAACGUUCAUUGGAUGGCAUUUGCUGCCGUGUGUAUCCUCACGCUCGAGGCUGGAAUUGUAAACACUUCAUGCC